GAGCAAUCCACGUUUACUCGAAACGCUCGUAUAUAUUGUCAGCAUAAUGCGGGGAUAAUUCAAUUUGCAUGUUGAUUUCACGUUGAUUAGCAACAGAAUUUAUUACAUAGAUUCAGAUAAUCCGUGAUAGAACUACGGAAAGACAUUUGACAGUUUAUUAUCAAAUUAUUCUGGAUUUAUUUUAAUAUUUGUUUAACAAGGAUAAUCUGUGACUAAAUCGAUGUUGUUUAAUGCCGCUUUAAUGUGAAUAUAAAAUCAAAAACAAAACUCAUUCUUAAACAACAUUAUUUGAGAUCAAAUUUGAGGGAAAUAUCCCUAGUGAAAUCAACAAGACGAGUCAGCGCUGCGUUGUAGCGGAUGAUGACGACAGACCUUCUGAAGGUUGACCGGGGGAUGUUUGAGCCGUACCCGGGGCUGCGGCUGCCGUUAGAGAUGAAGGGCCGUGAGGAUGGGCAAGGCUGCGGGGACAGGGGCGGCCUUGGGGACCCCGGGGCAUUCAAUCACCACUCCAUAGAUGACAUCCUCGGCUACAGGCGUAUGCAAGAGAACAUGAAAGAAUUUACGGAAAUGAAGUCCAAGAGUCUGACGAGUGAGCUGAUUUCACCAACAAAGCUGGAGAGCCUGGAGCCGAGCAUGUGCCGGGACAGAGACGUCUCCCAGGCCCUGGACAAGAACCACACGGGAAAGCCAGCCGUUGACGCCUCGCCCACAUCACGCAUGCUCAGCUCUCCGGAUGAAUCAAGCGACCGUUUGUCAACGGGUGACGAGUGCAAAAAAGACGACCCCGAUGACGCGGAUGAAGACAGUGAUGCAAAGAAAAAGAAGCGAAGGAACCGGACUACGUUCACGAGUUUCCAGCUGGAGGAGAUGGAGCGAGUGUUUCAGAAGACUCAUUACCCGGAUGUGUAUGCACGAGAGCAACUGGCUCUCCGCUGUAAUCUCACAGAAGCCCGCGUACAGGUAUGGUUCCAGAACCGGCGAGCCAAGUGGCGGAAGCGCGAGCGGUACGGUCAGUUCCAGGGCAUGCGCACCAUGGGGCCCGGCGGUAUGGGGUAUGAAAUGGCCGCCAUCUCACCCAGGCAUGACCCUUACGCACAGAUGCAGCAACUUCCAUGGAACGCCGGUCACAACCCUUAUGGUAUGCCGGACAACAACUGCAUGGCACCAACUCAGCACGUGCCGAACUUUAUGGGCCUUGCUCAUGCCGGGAACCUAGCUUCAUACCCGGUACAUGCGCAGACACCUUCGUCAAUGGGGAACGUGAGUCCGCCGGAAAUAGACCCUCGGGAGAACACAGAACUACGUAGCUCGAGUAUCUCGGCUCUCAGAUAUAAGGCGAGGGAGCAUAGUGUAUCAAUGGGAAUAUUCGGUGCCUAUGCCAAGUGAUGUGUUAAACUGUGCUAUAUGUGUUGUGUGACUAGUGAAACUUUUAUGUGGUUAAGGGUAAAUUGCAAUCUUGUCACAAUGUGAAUUAUUCCCCCUUUGACUUUAUCAUGUUGGUGUCUGCUUUGACACAGCAAUCUUUGCUGCUAUUUUCACGAGUUUGUUAUUAAUUUGUCUGAUAACAAUUCAUUGUAUUUAGUAUUUCAACUUUGAAUACUUUGCCUAUAGUAUUACAAAGACAUGUUAUUCAUUUUCGUUUAUGAACACUGAACAAACAAGUGAAAGGCAACCUAUGAGCAUUUGACGACAAGUCAACAACGAGGCUCAUAUAAAUCUUACUUCUAGAAGAUUUUCUGUUUUAACUGUGUCAAUGGGAAUCCUUCAUUUAUUUGUCAUUACUUCAGGUGUUAAAGGUUUUCGACAGGCUAUUUGUGUUGGGUUUUUUCAUUUACUGGACAUAUUUAAUAGAAGAAAUAAA